UUUGGUCGUUGUUUUGGUCAACUGCGUUGGUGGGAGCGAGAGGACUUUCUUCUUCCCCUCGCAUGCCACCGACGCGCACUCCAAUGAUCGAUUCGAAGAGAAAGCUUUUCUACCGUAGAAAUUUUUUAGCUACCUUCUAAGCUUGGAAUCAAUGGAAGGCUCUGGCUUCGCGAUCAUCGCCGGCAGGAACCCUUGUUGAGCAAGGAGAGGCAUGGCGGCAGCGCUGUGGAGCUCCAUAGCUCCGGCGAGAUCGCGCCCAAUUGCUCGAUCCUGCGCUACCCAAGAGGAAUCCUCCUCUGCGACGGUGAGUGUGAGAGAGCGUUCCAGAUCCGCGAGCCUAGGGCCGCACACCGGCAGAGAUUUGUCCGUGAAGAAGCCGGAGUGGCUCCGGCAGCGCGCGGCGCAGGGCGAUCGCUACUCGGAGCUCAAGGAAUCGCUAGGCGCGCUCAAGCUCCACACGGUCUGCGAGGAGGCGCGCUGCCCAAACAUUGGCGAGUGCUGGAAUGGUGGGAGUGGCGAUGGCGCGCAUGGAAUUGGGACUGCCACGAUCAUGCUGCUGGGAGACACUUGUACGAGAGGAUGUAGAUUUUGCGCGGUUGCGACGAGCAGAAAUCCAGCUCCUCCGGAUCCAUUGGAGCCCGAGAACACUGCCAAGGCUAUCGCCAGUUGGGGUGUAGGAUAUAUUGUUCUCACCAGCGUUGAUCGCGAUGAUAUGCCCGACGGCGGCAGCGGCCAUUUUGCUCGGACUGUAAGAACGCUCAAGGAACUUAAGCCCGAGAUUCUGGUAGAAUGCUUGGUUUCGGAUUUUCGAGGCGAUCCGGAGGCCGUGACAACGGUGGCUACUUGCGGUCUGGACGUUUUCGCUCACAACAUCGAGACUGUGAAGCGGCUGCAAAGAAUAGUUCGUGAUCCAAGAGCCGGGUAUGAGCAGAGCUUGGGAGUGUUGAAACUCGCCAAGGCAUCGAAAGAUGGCCUCAUUACAAAGUCGUCGAUCAUGCUAGGGCUUGGCGAGAAGGAUGACGAGAUCAAACAAGCUCUGGACGAUCUCAAAGCUGCGGGAGUUGACAUCGUUACCUUUGGCCAGUACUUACAACCAACUCCUGUGCACCUCACGGUGAAAGAGUACAUAACUCCGGAGAAGUUCGACUUCUGGAAAGAAUACGGGGAGUCAGUCGUCGGGUUUCGAUACGUCGCAAGUGGUCCACUGGUCCGAUCGUCGUACCGAGCCGGAGAGUUCUUCGUGGAGAGCAUGAUUCGCAGCUCUCGUGAAGGAUCAAAGAAGUAGGCUGUAGACUUAGCGGCCAAUUUUUUGUUCCAAAAACUCCUUUUGUCUCACAGUGGUGGAGAAUCUACGCGAAGAAUAAAAGCUGCAUGUUUCCCGGAAGUUAAA